UUUGUCGGAUUAUUAUGAUAAUUUAUUCCAGAUUCCAGAAUAAUUAAUCAAAAGGUUAUGCUUCUAGAUCACGCUUGCUUAAAAGAAAAGUAGCAGUUAGGAGUGUGUCACCGUAUCGUGGCUCUGCAUCAUCACCGUCACGGGAAUAAGUAACUUUGCUGGGUCGAGAAUUUCGCUAGUGAGUAGCGAAAUGGCGGAAGUGACGGGAAGGAACACGUGGACGGAGGAGCUGGCGAGUCUCAUAGAAGAUUCUGGAGUUCACUACAGCGGAGAUCCGAUUACCGCGACGUCGUUUGAGGCGAGGCGUUCGGUCUACGCGCCGCAGAGCGCGUCGGUGGAGUCGGCGGAGAGCUUCAAGGAGCAGGCGUUGGGGUUCGUCAUGGCUUGGUGCGAGAUUCUCGUUGAGUUGGGGAGAGGGUUUAGGGAUAUUCUGCGUCAGAAUUUCAUGAACGACGACUUUUUUUUGGUGAAGAAGCUUCGUGGACCUUGUGCCAGGGUUUCCAAGAGGUUGAGCUUUCUCAACGACUUUCUCCCCGAGGAUCGCGAUCCGCUUCACGCUUGGUCCGUUGUCUUCUUCGUUUUCAUUCUCGCACUCGCAGCUAUAAGUGUAGAUCCCAGUCGUGAGGCAGUGGCUCCUCUGGUUAAGGUGCGUCAACAUCCUCCUAGUGCUAGUCGUGUGCAACUUCCGGAUGGUAGAUACAUGGCUUAUCAUGAACAAGGUGUUUCUGCAGACCUGGCUAGAUUUUCGCUUGUUGCUCCACACUCUUUUCUUUCAUCCAGACUAGCAGGUUUACCUGGAGUCAAAGCAUCGUUGCUUGAAGAGUAUGGCGUUCGCUUGGUCACAUAUGAUCUUCCUGGUUUUGGGGAGAGUGAUCCUCAUCCAGGCAGAAAUCUCAAUUCAUCAGCUAUGGAUGUGCUGCAUCUGGUCAAUGCUGUCAAUGUUAGUGAGAAGUUCUGGUUACUGUGCCACUCUAGUGGAUGCAUUCAUGCUUGGGCUUCCCUCAGAUAUAUUCCUGAGAGAAUUGCAGGUGCAGCUAUGUUGGCUCCAAUGAUUAAUCCAUAUGACCCACACAUGACUAAGGAGGAGAUGAAAAGAACUUGGGAGAAGUGGCUUCCAAGGAGGAAAAUGAUGUAUUCCUUGGCUCGUAGAUUUCCAAGAUUUCUCAGUUUUUUCUAUCGGAAAAGCUUUUUGCCUGAAAACCAUGAUGAGAUUGAUAAGCUGCUAUCUUUCUCACCAGGAAAGAAGGAUAAAUUUGUGAUUGAAGAGCCAGAAUUUGAGGAAUUUUGGCAGAGGGACGUGGAGGAGUCCAUUCGUCAGGGAAACAUACGCCCAUUUAUAGAAGAAGCUGCUCUGCAGGUAUCAAAUUGGGGUUUUGACCUUAAAGAACUUCAUGUGCAGAAGAAGUGUCAGACAAGAGGCAUACUUCUUUGGUUGAAAUCAAUGUACAGUCAGGCGGACUGUGAAUUAGCAGGAUUUCUUGGCCUUACACACAUAUGGCAGGGACUGGAUGAUAAGGUGGUCCCACCAUCAAUGAUGGAAUAUAUAGAACGGGUUUUGCCAGAGGCAGUCAUCCAUAAGCUUCCAAACGAGGGCCACUUCUCGUAUUUCUAUUUUUGUGACCAAUGCCAUAAACAGAUGUUCGCCACUCUAUUUGGAACUCCUCAAGGCCCUGUUGAACGACAAGAGGAAACUGCUGCAUUCGAGGAAGAUAAGGAGGAAGAGGUUUUACAAGUAGUACCUGUUGACAGCUUCUAAUGUGACAUGACAGUAACUGCUGAUAGGCACCGUCUUAGGUUGGAUGUAAAUACGACAGCCACAGGCGGCUCCACUGCUCGGUGGAGCUUGAAACAAGAGAAUGAGUGGUCGUUAUAAUUAUCGGAAUUUUGAACCCUAAGGGCUUUUGCAGAAUCAUAUAGGUAAAACACCAAUGUUACACAUUCUUUCUCCUUCCCUGUCUAAUUGCUUCUAGACAGUUCCCCUUGUAAUCAUUUUUGUAAAACUUACAUAAUUAUUAUAAGAUUUUCAGUCAUAUCAUAAAAAAAAGGUUCCAAGUUGUAUCCUAUAUGAAUAAGCUAAAGCUACUAAAUUAGUAAUCAGUAACCUUUAUAUUUAUAUUAGUAUUAUUAAUACAGA